AUGGGGUGUCAGUUAUGGGGCGGGGAAACGGCCGCUGGGGGCUAUAAAGGGCUGCGGGGCGGCUCGGCUUCAAUGGAACAAGGGAGCAGCGGGACGAAAAGCAGCUAAAGGGGGGAAAAAAGGGACCCUCUGUGCUAAACCCCAUACGGUGCGGGGUCCUCAGCCUCAUCUUCAUCCUCCUCUUCCUCCCCGCAUUGCGCAGCUCCGCCAUGGAGUACAUCAUAGGGAUCGGAGGCGUCACCAACGGAGGGAAAACCACGCUGACCAACAGGAUCGUGAAGGCGCUGCCCAACUGCUGCGUUGUCCAUCAGGAUGAUUUCUUCAAGCCACAAGAUCAAAUAGAAGUCGGGGCAGACGGCUUUAAGCAAUGGGACGUGUUGGACUCGCUGGAUAUGGAGGCGAUGAUGAGCACCAUCAACGCUUGGAUAAAGAACCCGGUCAAGUUUGAACGCUCUCAUGGGGUGAACGUCACACCCGACCCUACAGAGCCUCCCUCCAACGAGCCCCACAUUCUGCUCAUCGAAGGCUUCCUGCUGUACAACUACAGACCCCUGAUGGAGCUCUUCGACCUGCGCUACUUCCUGGCUGUGCCAUACGAUGAGUGCAAACGGAGGAGGAGUACACGGAGCUACACCGUCCCCGACCCCCCCGGCCUCUUCGAUGGCCACGUGUGGCCCAUGUACCUGAAGCACCGGAAGGAGAUGGAGGACAGUGGGGUGGAUGUUGUCUAUUUAGAUGGGCUGAAGAGCCGCGAGGAGCUCUACAACCAAGUCCUGGAGGACAUCAGGAAUAGACUGCUGAACCGCCCCCCAGGACCCCAGAAGAGCUGAGACCCCAUGUACACAGCGAUGUAAAUACUACGUAGCGCCGACGUCGGGUUGAUUGGGGGAAACGUCUUUUGUAUAUAAUGGAGCACAGAGGAUGAUAAUUUAUUGGCAGCCGUGCCAGGCAGGAUUUGUUACUUUAUUUUAUUGUAUUUUUUUAUAUAUAUAUCUAUCUAUAUUCCAUCGCUUUGGGCAGAAGUUGGGAACUCCUUUUCCUGGUGGAAGGAGCAGAGGCCGCUCCAAAAUCUCAUUGUUCCCAUUGAGUAAAACCAGUCCCAAUCUCUC